AUGCGCCAUUUUCUGGUCAUAUUAUUUGCCACGUGUGCGACUGUUGCGAAUGGCAUUGGCACAAUGUUGGUGCAGGGAAGAGCUGAUACAAUUCGCACGCUGAGGAUGAUUGUCAGGCAUACCGCACAGAUGUGAGUUUUUUGAAGGGAACUUGGGAGGGAGCUUGGGAAUUUGAAUAUUUUGGUCCAAAUUUUGUUUUUAGGAGUUCCCAAGCUGAAAUUUCAUGAAUUUUUUUAAAUUUUCAGCUCAAAAAUGCACCAUUCUACCUAGACAUUUCAUAAAUUUUCAAAAAUUUAAACAUCGAAAUAUUACGUUUCAAAAUUUUGAUGAAUUAAUUUCGAGAAUGUUUGAAUUUAAUUCGGCUAAUGAAAAUUAAGGCUUAAAAAAGUUCCCAAACUGAAAUUUCAUGAAUUGUUCAAAUUUUCUGCACAAAAGCCUUCAAUAAUUCGAGAUUGAACUUUUGAAAAUGAAAUUUCAUGAAUUUUGCUCAUUUUCAGCUAGAUAUUUCAUAAAUGUUCUGAAAUUUUCGAAAAUUUUUAAAUCGAAAAAAUACGUUUCAAAAUUUUCAUGAAUUAAUUUCGCGAAUUUUAAAAUUUGAUCCAGCAUCAAAAAAUUCUUGAAGCUCUUUCAAAGUGACUUUUUGUGUCAAGAAAACUUUUUGUGUCAAAAAAACCUCUAUAUUUCCGAAAAGUCCCAAAGGGAACUUUUAAAACUGAAAAUUUGAAGUUUUAAAGUUUUAGAUUCUCUAGAAGUUACUUAAAACUGUUUUUCAAAAAUCAUAUAAUGCCUAAUAAUUCCAAAACCAGUUCAUCGCUCAUAUUAAUCAUCCAAAACCGCAACAAGCACUAAACAAACAAACAAAUGUCUUGUUUUAAAUAAUGAUGUCAAUAUUUACAUGAUUUUCUUAAAUUUUGUAUUUUUUCUGCAGGCGACAAAUCGAUCAACCAACACUUCCAUCAAUUGAUGAAUUUAUUCAAAAAUCGAAAAAUGAACUGAUUUUGAGGAAGUUAUCGAGGGGAAGAAGACAUAUUAAUAAUGUGGUUUUACACACAGGUAAGAGAGGAUUUUUUGGGUGAAAUAUUAUUUUAGGGACUAACAUGAGCAAUGUUUUUGAAGGCUCCAAAAUCAGAAAGAACUUUGAAAAUCCCCUCAUUUUCUUUCUAAAUCCUGAUAUUUAUCUGAAAAAGCCCAAAUUUUGAAGCUGAAAAAAAUUUUCAAAAGUUUUUUUCAGCUCUGAAAUUCUACAAAAUUUCACAAUUUCAGAAAAAAACUCAAUUUUUUUUGAAAAUUCCUAAAAUUCAAAGAAAAAAGCCACGUGGCAGGAAUUUUCAAAAAAUCUUUUUUCGAGUUCAAAAUUUGAAAUACUGUGUAAAUGGAAUUUUGGCGCCAUUUUCGGAAAUUCAAAUUUUGAAAAAUUAAAUUCUGGUGCCAAAAAUUCCACGUGGCAAAAAAUAUUUUCAAAACUUUGUGUUUAAAAAUUCGAAAUUUUGAAUCUUCAAGAAAAAAAUUGAAAAUCCUAAAAUUUCGCAAAAUUCUGAAUUUCUGCAAGAUUUUGAGCCCAAAUCUCAACAAACAUUUCCGAAUUUUCCAGAAGAAUGUGAUCACGUGGAUCUAAUGGAUUGCUCAGAUUUCGACACUUCCGAAAUGACUUGUGCUGUAACAGCAACCGGAAUGACGUGUUGUGUUUGUGCGGGAAAAUUGACGAGACGAAGUUUGACACUUUUUCCACCAACAUCUACAACUUAG